GAAAAGCCGUCUGUUUCUUUCUUUCUCUGCUUCAUUACCGUAGACGGUAGACGGUAGACGAAAUAGAAAGAGAUGGAGAUUUUCCAGGAACUCCUUCUAACAGCUGCUCUUUCCAUCAUCUUUGCUUUGGUUAUCUCCAAGCUCGUCGCUUCCGCUUCCCAUCCCCAUUUACAACGCCAGGAUUCUCCACCAAACCUCAUCUCAGCAGUCGAUCUCGCUCCACCAUCCAUCUCAUCGGAGAAGAACGGGGAAAGAUCGGCUGAAGCAUCGAAAUGCAAAGAAGAAGCCGUUCCGAUGCAAGGAAACGAAACGGAACGGAAUUCCGACGGAGGAGAUCAGGCGAUGGCUCGCGAAGUUGAUGGAGAUCGGGGAAAAGGAGCGGCAGAUGUGGAAAUAGAAGAAGAAAGUGAAGCUGUAUUGGAAGAAAAGGCGGUGGUGGAGGAAUUGGUUGGGGAAGAUAAGGGGAUGGUUGAGGAUCGACUCGAUGGUUCGAUUUUUGUUCGAUCUGACAGUGGAGAUUUGGCGAAAGAGAGUGUUGUGGGGAGGGAGGAGGGGAGUGUGGUGUAUGAUGAGGAGGAGUGGGAAGGGAUUGAGAGGAGUGAGCUGGAGAAUCGGUUCGAUGAGGUGGUGAGGUCCGUCAGUUCAGGGAGAGCGGAUGUGUUGGAGAAGGUUGGCAGUGACGUGCAGAUGCAGUUGUAUGGGCUCCACAAGGUUGCAACCGAAGGGCCGUGCUACGAGCCACAGCCAUCAGUUUUGAAGUCUGCGGCACGCUCUAAGUGGCAUGCUUGGCAAAGAUUGGGGAACAUGAAUCCAGAGGUGGCGAUGGAGCAGUAUAUCACUCUUCUUUCUGAUAGCAUUCCUGGUUUGGUGGGAGAAAAACCCAGCGAAGAGAAAGAGGAGGAAGCCAGUAAUUCUCCAGAUGGACUUCGUGGAGCAAAAGCCCUUGAUUCAAGCUCUUUUCCGCAAGAUCAUAUGAGUUCUGAAAAUGACAGGGAACCUGAAGAAUCUCAUUCCGAUGCCAAGCAAGGUGAUCCCGUCGGUGAUCCAAAGUUCCUUGAACAAGCGCAUUCAAUAUCAGAAUUGGCUUGAUCAGGAUGCUCUCCAACCACAGGGGCACUAUUAUGGGGAAACUGAGCUGAUCCUUUCGCCAAGGACAUUAAUUGUUAUAAUCUCGGCCAUAUGUUCUCUGAGGUUGGUGAUGUUUCGUUGUCAAUAAGGCUGUAUAUGUGUGUAUUCGAACUCUUCGUCGUUGUGUGGUUGAGAACAUAAUAUAUUUACGUGUACAUAAUUGCUAUUCCAAAUUGUGCAUCUUU